AUCAAACAUCUAAAAUAUAGAAAUAUGUCUACGAAUAAGGAUAUCAGCACAUUGAAGGACCAAGAUGAAAAGAACAAGACGAAAGUUUAUUGCACAUUCUGCCCAUCUAAAAUGCUUAAUGCUGGUGCAGCCCGGCUAGUUAAUAUUGAGUUUAAUCUACCCUAUAUACAUCGUAAGGGAGAAGGUGAAGCUGAUCAACAGGAACUGAUAACCAACUAUUGGUUGGUGGAGGAUAUGUAUACAUUUGAAAAUAUUGGUGUUUCGCAUACAGUAGACAACGUAAAGUAUUUAGCAUGUGCAGAUUGUGAAAGGGGUCCAGUGGGUUGGCACGAUUUAUCUACAAAGAAAUCCUACAUUGCGCUAAGUAGAGUUAAGCACGAAUGAUUUAUAUUAAAUAAAGUUGUUUUUUAAUUUUAUAUAAAA